UUAAUGAGUGUUUGAUACCUUAAACAUGGAGAAUAAAUCAUGAAGUCUGCGAAUAAUGAGAGAGGCGAUUCUGCUCAGUUACUCCAUGAGGAGUAUUUAAUGAGACUUGGAAAACGCAACCAAUAUUUGAAAACCCUAAACAAAGAUCCGCAGCACGAAAAACUUCAAGAAAAAGAGAAAAAUUUCUCAGUUUAUGUUAAUGGUGCGAAUGCCUCAAAAUUCAAACCAAAGCCACAUUCAAAAAGUUAUCACCAAACUGAUUAUGAGGAUAAAAAUUCAAGAGAAAGAAACACGUCUUCACUAGCAUAUCAUUCUGGGAUAAAAAAUGCACAAAUGAAUGAAAAUCGGACACAAUCUGCACCAACUAGUGCGGGAAGAAGAAAAUAUUGGGGUCAGACUCCUUUAAUGAUUAAAACAAAAUCAGGUGAAGAUUUACGCCUCGGAGAACCCGAUUUGUCACUCAGCUAUUCAGACAACUUUACUUCAGAUGAGGAAGAUAUUAUUGAACAGUUGGCGGCAUCGUUAAAUGAUUCUGAUGACUAUGUCAGUGAUGACCCAGAUUUAGUUGAAGGAAUUAAUACAAGUUUGAAUAUUUCUUCCGAAAGCCAAAAUCAGGGUAAGGUUUCACCUGAGCCAUAUAUUAAAAAGACACCACAGAGUAAUAUGGCGACUACCAAAAUUCAAAAACACACUGUUCCUCAACAAAAGUGUACUAUACAAAUAAAUAUUCAUUCAAACUGGCAUUCCAGUGAUGAAAAGGUUGGUCUGACAUCUCUGGAAGUAUUUGAUAAUAAAAAUGCUAUAGUCCCAAUUUCAAGCGAAAAUAUUACCAUAUCACAUGCAGAUAUUGUUCACGGUUCGAUAUCAAAUUUACUAGAUGGUGUUGACAAGACGGUGAAAGCAAAACAUAUGCUUUUGCUUUAUCCGAAGUCACUUCCAGUGACGAUAAAUAUCGAAUCCCCAGUGAAUGAUGUAACAAAGCUAAGACUGUGCAAUUACAAUGAACAAUCAGACAACUUGAACCUUGGGAUAAAGUUUUGCAAAGUGUUUCAGAAUGGAAAAUGCUGUUUUGAAGGCAAUAUUGAAAAAGGUUGUGGCAAUAAAAUAUUUGACUAUGGUUUCACUAUUGAUUUGAAGAGACCAUUAACUACAGCAAAAAGAGGUAAACAGGGAGUAAGCCCUCGUGGUAAGUUAGCAUGUAAAUUUGAUGGCAAAUCAAAGAAUGCAGAGGAGUUUGAUACGCAGAAAAUCCCAAAACUCAAAUAUCUGAAAGAUGGAAAUAAUGGAGGCGGCAAUGGUAACGAAUCGGUGGAUGUAAAAAUUGAUCCAAAUACAGUAACUAAUCGUCCAAAAAAGUCGAGAUUUGACAAAAAUUUAAAAUCUCUUCUUCAGUUCAAUAGUUCACACCUCGGUAGAUUAGAAGCCAGUAUCGAUUUUGAAAACGAAUUUUUCUCCAAAAAUUUGAAAAAUUCUGAUGCCAAUGAAAAUAUUGUUCCAAAUAAAGUACCAUCACUCAUUUCUGAAGACUUUGAAAUACCUACCUUACCGCAAGGUUUGAGACUAACAUUUAAUAUUCGUUCGACUUGGGGUGACGUACAUUAUACAGGUUUAAACGGGAUUGAAAUUUUCGACUCUGAUGGUAACCCAGUGGAAAUCAGUGAAAUUUCUGCAGACCCUUCGGAUAUAAAUACUUUGGAUGGUUACAAUGCUGAUCCGAGAGUCGUUGGAAAUUUAAUUGACGGACAUUAUUGCACAAUGGAUGAUUUCCGGACUUGGUUAACACCGUUUACUGAAGGAAGUAAUCAUUAUAUUUAUAUGACUUUCAAAAAACGACUGCAAAUUGCUAUGAUCAGGAUAUGGAAUUACACUAAAUCAAGAAUUCAUUCGUAUAGAGGUGUAAAGGAUGUGGACAUUAUGCUUGACGAUAAUUUAAUUUUUCAGGGACAAAUUGCUAAAGCGUCAGGCACUCCUUUAGAUAUGCAAAAUUUUGGCGAUACAAUACUCUUCACUACUGAUGAAGGAAUUUUAGAAAAAAUCAGUGAAAAUGACAAAACCUUUAUGCCUGAUGAGGAUGAUGCAAUGGAAUGGUUAGUAAUGACGGAUCGCCCCAAAACUGGAAGACGUUUGAGUGAUAGUAUUCCAAAUGAGAAUGAAGAAAUUGCAUUUGAUAAUUCACUUCUGAAUGAUCUUCAUAUUGAAGAUCGUAGUAGUCUUUGUGUAAAGUGUAUUUCUCUAAAGCUUCUUGCAAAUUGGGGGCAUGAAUAUGAAAUUGGACUUACUGGCAUAGAAUUGCUGAGUGAUGAAGAUGAAAGUAUUGAAGUUACUAGCGAAAUGCUCGACAUCAAUACAGCUUCAAGUGAUUUGAAAAAUCUUGUCAAUGGCGAAAACAUAACUACAGAUGAUGAAAGCAUGCUAUUAUUGCCAUUUGGUGAUUCAGAUAUUUGCUUGGAAAUCAGUCUUCCACAAGCUAGACAGCUCAAAGGAAUUCGAGUAUGGAAUUACAACAGAAGCGUUGAUGAUACCUACAAAGGUGUUAAAUUAAUCGAUAUUUUGUUGGAUGGACGUGCUAUCUCAUCCUCUCAGGGGAUACUUUUAAGAAAAGCUCCCGGUCACACAGAAUAUGAUUUUGCCCAAGAUAUUUUAUUUAUAACAAAUGAUCGUGGUACAGUUGUAUCAAGUGCAAGCAGGUCUCCUAUAUCAUAUAAUGAAGAUGAAACUUGUUCAAGUUCAUAUUUACCAACUGGUUUUGUUUUUCAAAUCCAAAUUUUGAAAUCUGUAUCAGAUCCAUAUUAUGUUGGGUUGAAUGGUAUCGAAUUGUUCGAUAAAUCUGGCGGAAGAAUACAACUUGGUGAAAACAACAUUGCUGCUUUUCCAGAAAGUAUCAACAUAUUAAGUGGAAUUAGUGAUGAUGCCAGAACACCAGAUAAACUCAUUGAUGGGGUUAAUGAUACAUAUGACCCACAGCAUAUGUGGUUAUCUCCAAUCAUUCCAAAUGUUGUAUGCAAGGUUUUCAUGAUAUUUGACCAACCUGUGACAAUUUCAAUGAUAAAAAUAUGGAAUUACGCAAAGACGCCUACACGAGGAGUAAAAGAUUUUGCGAUUAUUAUUGAUGAUCUUCUUGUUUAUAGUGGUGCUUUACAUCCAGCUUCAUCAGGUGUGUUUGGAAGUGUUAACCCCAAUUUGGUUUCGUUUACAACGGAUAAAAAUAUCAUCCGACGAGCUGGUAAUUGCAAACUUGUGAGUGAUUUAUCAGAAUCCGAUCAUCAAGAAAUACGAAUGACAAACAAUCAUCAAGUAAUGAACUCUGAUAUUCCAGAGGUUCCUAAUCAAAAUCUACGACCCAUGACAACUGUGAGAAGAGAACAGAAGACUAAAUUACGGUCUAGAUUUUAAAUAUUAAUAAAUUAUCAAGUCUAUUGCAUCCUGUCUGCAAGUAAUUAACUCAUUAAUUAUUUUCAUACUCAGCAUCUACUGAUAACGUGGUGAGACGCUGUGUCUAGCCAUGUGUUUGAGUUGUCUUCUUCUUAUCUUUAUUUGGACGAAUUGCUUAAAAUUUAAGCAGCACUAUGGUCUAGCAUUGUGUUGGAUAUCUACAGUGGAGUGAUUUUAUUCGAUUAUUUUGGGCACAAGCUAUUUAUGGUCAAGUUACAAUGUAUGAAAAUUGUUAUUAUUUGUAUGUAAAAAACGACGCCAGUAUAAGUUGUGAAAUGAAUGUCAAAAUAUUUUAACUUGUGCUUUAAAUGUGCUUUGCAAUUAAUCAAUCACAGAAAAAUUUUACUGCACUAACAUCUCUCAUCUAUUAUGGUAUUGGUAUUGGUACUCUCAUUUUAUUCUCAGCAAAAGAGUUAUCUCAUAUUUCCUUUUGGAAGCUAUUUGUUUAGUAAUACAACCAAACACUUAUCCCUGGUGCUUCAAUUUUUAAUUUCAUAUGCACUGAAAAAUAAAACCAUUGCACUGUGUCCACUUUUUAGAUUUUUAUUUGAACAUGCGCAACUUUUUGAAAACAGGUCAGUUGUUCGAUAAUCAGUCUCAGUAAUUUUGUGAAUUCCAAAACAUAUUGUUUUCUGCUAAAUUAGACCAUAUGACCAAAACUUUUUCAUGCUCUUCAAUGAGGUGACUUAUUUGUUCUUUUUAAAUAUUCUUUUCCAAAGAUGAGCCACAGAUGGCCGUGUAUAAAAGCAUGUUCUAUCAAUGAUUAGUGUAAAACAUAUAAUAUGCUUUCUUUUGACUGGAGAUGUGAUCUAUUUAAAUCAAACUUUAAAUUUGUUAUUCUAAUUAAGCUCACAUUUUACUCUUCGAAUUAACAGAAUUCUUAAAUUUUACAUUGUACAAAAAAGUGUUUCCUACAAUAUGUUUAUAAACAAUAUUAUAAGUUUCAAUUAUAAUAACAAUUAUUUUAUAUGAAACAAGUCUCAUUUUUUUCCUUGGGUAAC